UCUUCCUAUAAAUAUUUAGCUGUGUUUUGAGCUGACACCAGUGUUCGAAAAGAUAGGCUUUGGGACUGUUCGACUGUCGUUUGAUUGACUCAACAUGAAGACUAUUGUUAUUUUAUUUGUAUGCAUUUCUGUGGCAUGUUUGCUUCUAGAAGCAAAUGCCGAUUGUAAAAGUAAAGAUGAUUCAAAAAAAAUUGUACCAACUGGAACUAAAGUACAAGAAGGAUGCGCUAUUUUCGAAUGUGAUGACAAAGGUGCAUGGACCUCUAGUGGAUGUUCAGAAUGGCGAUGUAGCGGUCUGGAAAAGGGUUACAAAGAGCAAGAUAAUACUAAACCUUUCCCUGAAUGCUGUCCAGGACCUAUCUGUAAUGAUUCCUAAAAAUAAAGUUUUCAUAAAUUUUAUUGUUACUGGCCCGGAUAUUUCAUAUUUUGAUAACUAUCAAUGUUUUUACUAUUUCGUAUUAUAUGCUGUUUUGAAAGUAUUAAAAUAAAAAUUUAUUUCUAUACACUA